UACGGCAAGCGGGACGGACAAACUGCCGUUCUUGUUUGGCGUCCGGUUCCUAGGUUCUUGUGUUGUGGAAGUGUGACUGUGGCGGCGGUUUACUGGACGUGAACUCGGCUAUGUCGGCCUUCGAGAAGCCUCAGGUCAUCGCCCACAUCCAGAAGGGCCUCAAUUACACCGUGUUUGACUGUAAGUGGGUGCCCUGCAGCGCCAAGUUUGUGACCAUGGGCAACUUCGCCCGGGGCACCGGCGUCAUCCAACUGUACGAGAUCCAGCACGGGGACCUGAAGCUGCUCCGAGAGAUUGAAAAGGCCAAAGCCAUUAAAUGUGGAACAUUUGGUGCAACAUCUUUGCAGCAGAGAUAUUUAGCUACUGGAGAUUUUGCUGGAAACCUUCAUAUAUGGAAUUUGGAAGCUCCGGAGAUGCCAGUGUAUUCUGUAAAGGCUCACAAAGAAAUUGUGAACACGAUAGACGGUGUUGGUGGACUUGGAAUUGGGGAAGGAGCACCUGAAAUUGUGACUGGUAGUCGAGAUGGAACUGUGAAGGUGUGGGACCCACGGCAAAAAGAUGACCCUGUUGCUAAUAUGGAACCUGUGCAAGGAGAAAACAAGAGAGACUGUUGGACUGUGGCAUUUGGCAAUGCUUAUAAUCAAGAGGAACGUGUUGUUUGCGCUGGCUAUGAUAAUGGAGAUAUCAAACUGUUUGAUCUCAGAAAUAUGUCACUGCGGUGGGAGACAAACAUAAAAAAUGGGGUAUGUAGCUUGGAGUUUGACCGAAAAGACAUAAGUAUGAAUAAGUUAGUGGCUACAUCUCUGGAAGGAAAAUUCCAUGUCUUUGAUAUGCGAACCCAGCAUCCAACCAAGGGUUUUGCCUCUGUUUCAGAAAAGGCUCAUAAAUCUACCCUCUGGCAGGUCCGGCACCUGCCCCAGAACAGAGAGCUCUUUCUGACAGCUGGAGGCGCUGGCAGCCUUCACCUCUGGAAGUAUGAAUACCCCAUGCAGCGCUCCAAGAAAGAUUCCGAGGGCAUGGAGAUGGGAGUCAUGGGUUCUGUCAGUCUUCUGCAGAAUGUGACACUGUCCACCCAGCCCAUUUCCAGUGUGGACUGGAGUCCAGACAAAAGGGGGCUCUGCAUCUGUAGUUCAUUUGACCAGAUGGUGAGAGUACUGAUUGUUACAAAGCUCCAGACAAUCUGACCUGAAGACUAUGGACUUGGAGAUUCCUAGAGAGACACUGAAGAACUGCAGAUGUGUCCUGGGGUACUCUGACCCUCAAACAAUCAGAUUUGGCUGAUGGAUGAAGGCCACAGGCACCAACCUCUAGCCUCUCUCUAGGUGCAACCAGUGACCUGACUAGACACUUACUUGCUGCUGCACUUGGGACCACAUAUCUCUGGAUCAGUUCUGUUUCUCCCUCAUCUAUUUCUAAUACAUAGUCAGAAGCCAGGGUGGUGGUGCACAUCUGUAGUCCCUGCUACUUAGGAAGCUGAGGCAGAAGGAUUACCCGAGUCCAUGAAUUCUGAGUCAACCUGGACAACAUUUAGAGGACCCCAUCUUAAAAAAUAAUCAUUAAUUAAAAAUAAAUGUUGCCAGGUGCUAGUGGUUCAUGUCU